CAUGUUUUGAACUUUUGGUUUGAUAAUGGAAACAAGGAACCUGAUCCACGGAAAGACCCAAAGCCUUCAUCUUCAGUCUUUUUUAUCUCCCGUAAAGCUUUCAUCUUCAGUCUUGGUCAACACCCAAAGCCUCCAACCCUCUGUCAAACACUCAAACGGUGAUUGCGCCGGCCACCGGAAUCGCUCCUUUUGAACCACCGACACGCAGUAAUUGGGUCCUGUGCUUUGACAGUAAGGAGAUGCAGAAAUUGGGUGAUUACAAGCUGCCUCAGUUCUUCAAUUAUCCUCCCUACUUCACGUUACAACCAGUAAGGGAUACGCGUGAGAAGCAGAUACAACUAUGGAAGGAGCUUAUUCUUGAUUACUGUAGAACACAGAAGAUCUUUGUAAUUGGACUGGAAGAAGACUUUCCUCUUUUUUCAAAUCCUGUGAUUGAAAGAUCUCUCAGUCAUGAAGCCAGGGAAGCAUUCCUCUCAAUUUUGGUUUCAGAUGGUCGUGCAGAAUGGUUAGAUAAAAGGCAUAGGAAAUGUCUAAUCCUCUGGCACAGGAUUCAAGAGUGGGCUAACAUAAUUCUGAACUUCGUAAAAGAAAAUGGAUUGGAGGACAGCGUUAUGACUGUUGAGGAAAUACGUUCUGGGAUAGAAUCAAGAGGGACAGAGCUUCAUGGUAUUGACCGUACAAUUCUGAUGCGAGCUCUAAAACUACUAGAACAGAAGGGUAAGCUUGCAAUCUUCAAGGGGACUACAGCUGAUGAUGAGGGUGUGAAAUUCUCCAUCUGACCACUUGAUUCAUAGUCCAGGAGAAUAGAAGUGAUCUGUCCUUUUUUCUUUUUUGCCUUUCUUUCAAUGUUUGUGUUUGUUUCGAAUGGUGGUGCUUAUCAAAUAAAAGCAAUUUUAAUGAAAAUAUGGUGUCGGUACUCUCUGUCCGUCACUUUCUCCCAGCAGAUAACUAGUUCUUGGGGUUUACAUU